AUGGGCCUUCCUCAGGAGUUAAACGAUAUGAUCUGGGCGCCUACACGCCCGCGACGAUUCGUCAGAGCUAGCAGGGCGACACCCCUGGAAGGAAGCGCCGGGUCGAUAAGGCGCAGUGAAAACAUCCUCUUCACGUACGGUCCAUCGGUCAUUGUACACGUCUGCCGUGACUCUCGUGCCACCGCAGGCUCGUUAUGUUCCCUCGACAAGGAAUCCAAUGCGAAUGGUCCGACUACUUGGUUUGACCCAGCUCUCGACAUUCUAUCCAUCGGCCAGAAUGCCUUCGAUGGCUUAUUGAGUCGACUGACAUCCAUCUGGCUGAAGGUUCGGUCGGUUGUCGUUGAGACACCCCUUGGACAUGGCUACAGAGACUUUGUUGCUAGAAUCCGGAAAAUUCCCGAUAUUCGAACUAUUUCCGACGAAAAAAUCAGGGAUCACGAGGGAGACGAUUUAGACGAUGUCCAACCCCACCUCAUACCAUACCGCCUACUCCAAUUGCUCCAGCAAGCGGACAGAUUGCCUCAUUCACGUACAAUCAACCUUUUCCCCGCGCUACAUUGCCGCAAAGAAUACUACAUCGAUCCAUGCCAGUGGCCGCCUAACAUAAUGGCGGCGAUCUUUGGCUCGGACUCAGUGAGACUCAUCGAUCUACGGAACAAGGACGAAGUUUCAAGGGCAAAGAGGGUCCUAUGGAGCCAUCCUGCUACCUAUAAGUUGGCCAGUGGGCUUAAGGAAGCAUCGGAACUGGUGGAUGACCAGAAGAAUUCAUACCGGAAGCGCGUCAUGGGGCUGUCGAAGACUACCUGGCUGCAAUCUUGCCACCGACGGGACAUAGACGCCGGCCUCCCUACUGCAGAGCCAGACGAGCGGGGCCACUGGGACGAAGAAGGCGCCUGGGCAAAGGAGAAGCUGGACACCAUGCCGGACAUACGUCCUGUCUUACAACUCGUGAAUCUGGACAAGCCAUGGCUGCUGCGUCAUUCUUAG